GAUCCUGACUUGUCAAAAUCAGCGGCAAGUUACACAAAAAAAUCAGCUAAGCCGUCACAGAUUUCGGAAAGACAAUCUUCAGAAGAAAUCGAUAGCUCAUGCUCAUUUCAAACAAUUGAUAAUCAAUCAAUGACUUAAACUUUAGGAAAAAUCAGUGAUAAAUAAUGGCAGAUCGUUGGAAAGUGGGUAAUUUAUGAAUUUAUAAAUUUUCAUUGAACUAAAAGUGAAAGUACAAUUUCUCCAAAAAAACCAUGAAAGUGUUACAAAAGUGAGCUUCAGUGUAUAAAUUAAAAGUAAACUACAUGUCUGCUUGACAUUUUAAGAAAGGAUAUGGAAUUCUUUCGACAGUUGUACUAGAGUAUUUUAUUGUUAAAAACUUCAAAAACAGUGUGUGUAUAUGAUAAUUUGAUUUUGUUUAAAAACAAAAUUGCGCUGUUUACAUGCGGUGCUUAGUGAAGGAUUAGAAGGUGCAUAAUAAUAGAGUUUAAAAUAUGAUGGAGAUACAGCAACAACACUCACCGGUUGGGGUGGGUCCACUUGAUUUUUCUCGACGAGGAGUCGCUGAGGCUUCAGCAUUUCGUGUCGUUAAGCCCAAACAACCAACUUCUCUCAUUCAUCAGCAAUCAUUGCUCGCAGAGACUAAUAAUAAUGAAAAUUUGCAGGAAAGUCCUCAACUACUUUCGGACAUUGAAGGAGCAUGCAGUGCCCGUUUAAUGUUCCCAAGGUUGUGGGGUCCAUUUGCGAACUCCAAUGAAAUUAACAAUUUGCAGCAUUUCCAAAAAAGUCAUCCAGAACGGUUGUCGUUUGGAGUUGGGCGCCUUGUGGGAUCACCUGCGACUAGAAGUUCUUCUCCAUCACAUUCUCCCAGUCCGGAUUCUCCUCACACUGAAAAUCGAGAUAUAGAUGUUGACGUUGAUGUUGAAGAAGAAGAAGUAGAUGUGGAUGUGGAAGAAGUCGAAGAUGAAGAUGAAAGAGAAGGUACUAGUAGUCCUGCUAGAUCACCAACACCUCCGUCACCUGCUUCAAUCACACCAACUAUAUUAACGUCGCUUCCUCAUAAAAGAACUGGUGACUCCUUCAGUGUAAGCGCUCUGCUGAGGCCCGAUCCUCCGUCGGCACAUCUUCAAAAUUCCUCUCCUUUAAGAGAAUCCGUUCCAACGUCUGUAAGUUCUAGCCAUCAACAUCCUCCUCCAUCAUCCAUCUUGUAUCCGCCAUUGCAUUUACAAGGUGGCCUUCUCCCGCCUCAUCCACACCACCCACUUUCGUACCUGCAUCCACAAUUACUGCCACAUCAUUUACUUCCACCUCAUCUUCAUCCACUUCUACGAGGAGUUCAUCCCGGACAUCCUAGUCUACACUCGCCACAUGCGGCUCAUGGACUACAUCAUCCUCAUCCCCUAGGCGAUGUGUACAGCUGUGUUAAAUGUGAUAAGAUGUUCAGUACUCCUCAUGGCCUCGAAGUUCACGCAAGAAGGUCUCAUAAUGGAAAAAGGCCAUUUGCUUGUGAAUUAUGUAAUAAAACGUUUGGACACGAAAUUAGUUUAACUCAACACAGAGCUGUUCAUUCGGCGGAGAAGGUGUUUGAAUGUAAACAAUGUGGAAAAGCAUUUAAAAGAUCAAGCACACUCAGCACUCAUCUUCUUAUUCACUCGGAUACAAGGCCCUAUCCAUGUCAAUUUUGUGGUAAACGCUUCCAUCAAAAAAGUGAUAUGAAGAAGCACACCUACAUCCAUACAGGAGAGAAACCCCAUAAGUGUCAAGUUUGUGGUAAAGCAUUUUCGCAAAGCAGCAAUCUAAUAACACACUCGAGGAAGCACACUGGUUUUAAACCAUUUGCGUGUGAACUUUGUGGAAGGGCCUUUCAACGUAAAGUCGAUCUCAGGAGACAUCGAGAGACCCAACAUGCUGAUUUGGGAACGUCUCAUCGUCCGGCAAUUGGUUCUAUACCUCAAAAUAAUUUAACCAAUGGGAAUGCUUCCAUAUUACAAUAAAAAGUACUGUCAAAAAAAGAAAAAAAAAUUUAUAAAUAUUUAUAAUUCUAUAAGCGGCACACCUAAGAUUGUCAAAUGCGUAGUGUAUCAGUACGAUUAUUUGCAUUGAUAUACAUACAGUUGUUAACGUUUGAGAACUGAGCACAGUAAAGAACUUCUUAUGGAAAUAAUCCAACGAUUUAGGUAAUCUGCUUGUUUCUGAUUUUCAUAUAUAUGGAUUUACGGUAUUACAUUCCUAAAGUGCAUUGCUCUGUGUCUUAAAACCAAAAAACAAAACUACUCUAAUUACUAAUUUAAUAAUAUAUAUUAUGUUUUUAUAGAGUCCCUCCAUAUCAUUCCUAUUUAUUCUCUAAAUUAGAGAGAGCAGAACCGGAAAAAUUUAUUAAUUCAUUAUUAUCGAUCAUAGGAGAAUCUAUUUUAUCAAGUUCCAUUUUUAUAUUCUUUAUAAUGAUAAUAAUCGGGAAUCUUAUAUUGUUGUUAAUGUAAUGUUAAUAUAUUCACUUUGAGUUUCUAUAAAUUGAAUAAAUGAAUAUUUCAUCGACAAUAAUUUCAGACUUAUAAGAUUUCAGAAUGUUAUCAUUUAGAAAAAUUUAUGUUUCACAGAAAAAUAUCUGCUGCAAUCUUGAUUAGGUACAUUAUAUUAUUGAAAAAAAUAUCCAUCAAAAUUAUUUAGUUCUCCCAGAAACAGUUCAGUUUUAUAGUGAGAAAAAAAAUUGUCUUAAAAUUGUUCUCUUAAAAAUAUAAGAAUAUUCCACUUCAGAGUAAAAGAUUACAUUUUUUAAAACAAAUCUCUCUUUGUUGAUAAACAAUAAUGUAAAAUUUACGAGAAUAACAGAUUUUAGUAAAGUAUAUGAUCUUUUUAGUGGGAAGAUUCUGUACGAGAAUAAUAAAAUACUGAUCCUUCGAAAUAUUCGUUAUAAAAGAAAAAGUUGCAUCAAAAUAGACAUUUGAUAACUGUUUUCUGGGCGAAUUCAAUAAAAGGUAUUUUAAAAAUAUUAUUACAUAAUAAUAUUAUGAAUACAAUUUACUAUUGGAUGUUGGUUUGCCUUAAAGCAUUUCAGAUAAUUUUGUUAUGUCAUUGCGCUGUUAAAAAAUGUUUUAAAUUUUAAACAUUUUAAAUCUAAAUUUUUUUUAUUUUUAGAGCCGAAAAAUUUUCUCAAUAUAUAAAAAGAAUAUUUCGUUUUCUAUAUUUUAUUUUUAAAAUAAGAAUAUUUUUCUACAACGAAGAUGAUUUUUUUCAUAAUUGAAAACUAAAAGUGGACUUCUAAGUUUUUCUAUCCAAGUAAAAUUCUUUCUUUGUUUUUAAUAUUAUAUUCAAUAAUAAUAAUUCAGCAUUUUCUUCGAAAUUUGUAUAAAAAAUAAGACAAUACGUAUUUUUUUAUUUGAUAAAAAUUAUGGAAGUUAUAAUUUUUUAACACCGUUAGAAGCCGAGUAAUUUUGAAACAUGUAUUUUUCUGUUGUAUUUGCAUUAUUUUUUAAAUACGUAUUUAAAAUACUGAAAAAAUCGAAGAAAUUUCAUAUAUAAUUUUGUUUUUUAUCUGUUAGUAGAACAGAGUAAAACGCAUUUCAAAACUACUCGGCUUCUGAGGACGUUAAAUUUAAAAAAAUCAUAACUUUCAUAAUUUUUAUCAAAUAAAAAAAUAAUAAAAUACGAAUUUUCUUAUUUUUUUAAAUAAAAAUUUCAAUAAAAACAUUUCCAGUAAAAAAAAUUUUUUGAAUGAAAACCUCACAUGGAAUGCUCUAUAUUUAAUAUUAUUUUUACAUUAUACAGAAAAUUUAAGAAAAAAAAUUCUCUUAAUAUAAAAAGAAAAGUCGUAAAAUAAAAGGAAUCUCUUAUAUAUUGAGAACUUUUUUGUUUUUUUAUAUGUGUAAUAAAUAUCAAUCAAGAAAAUUUAAUUUUUUAAAAAAUCAACUAAAUCAUCUAAGGUGGAAAAAUUGCAGAAAAUUUUUACAGAGUGACUAUGAAUACUUAUGUGCAAAUAAACUGUAUUCAAAAAUUGUAUUACUUUGCAAAAAUUAUUUUCAAUAUUUUCCCAUCUACACACUGAUGUUAUGAUUUAAUAAGUUAAAAAUUUAGUUGAAAUUUACAUGUUGUCAAAUGUCUUAAUGAAUUGAAUACUUAAUUAAUGGAUAUUAUAAUUGACUGUUUGAAUUUAGUUUAGCGAUGAUUUGAUAAAACAUUUAAAAACUUAAAAUGUAUAACUGAGGGUUCCACUCGAGCAGUCUGACCCAACCGCAGUUUCUACUUCGAGUUGAGCCUUUGCGCAACUCGAAGUAGAUAUUGCGGUUGGGUCAGGCAGCUCAAGCGCCUGAUGGACUACUGCAUGGGAACCCUCAAUUGACUAAAAUAUACUUUUCUUUACUGUAAAUCAUUAAUUAGUCAUUAACAUAAAAGAUGCAAUAUUGAGACUAAAAGUGAUUACAUUUAUUUUAAUUAUUUAUUUUUCAUAGCUUGUCACUUUAAAAUUGACAAAGACCAAAAAAUGUGUAAUUGAUUGUUACUAAUUAUGUUUAUGUAAUUAUUUGUAUAUGGAUCUGUUCUACGAGAUAGUGUAUAUGUAUACUUUGUCAAAUAACUUUACUUAUAAUUAAACGCACAUGUGUAAAAAAAUAUAUUUAACUGAAUGUUUAUUUUGAAUUCAACGGUUUAUUUAACUAAAUUGAAUUAAAUUGGCAUUUAAAAUCUUGUGAACGUGUAUGAAGAGUUGUUUUAUGCAAAAAUGACGAUUAAUUAUUAUUGUUCUUUAAUAUUAGACGAAUAUAGGUUAUACGAAUAAUAUGUGAUUAAGUCUGCUGUUAUUUGAUUUUUGUGUGUGUAAUAGUUACAGAAAGAGUACUUAACGUUGAAAUUCGGUCAAUAUAGUGUCAUAUAGAUUCAAAAUGUUAAUUUCUUAUCAUAUUUAUCUGUGCGUUUUGUUAAUUAAAAAAUUUUCUUUUUGUAUAUUCCCCGUUUAUAUGGAUGAUAAAAAUUUUCUACGCAUAUCUUAAGAUUCUUCAUUCAACGAAGGUAAUAAUUAUAUUCACUUUCAGUCGUAUGACCAACAUUGUACAUAACACUUAGCUUGUAUAUCUUGAAUAGUUUAAGCGCAUAUAUAAAUAUAUAAAUAAACAAAGAAAAACUUAUCUAUAUAAAUAGUAUAAAUAGUUAAACUUUCGGACACUUGUGGUCGGUUUAAAAAUUUGUGUCCUCCAAAGUCUCGCCAAAGGUUAAACAGUCUUUCUUCUCUGCUAUUCAAGUUUUUAUUGUUGCAUCAUUAUUAUUAUUAUUAUUCUGUAAUUAUUGUAUUAUUAUUAUUAUUAUUAUUAUUACUA